AGUAGUGCGUCGAGCUUUGAUCGUUACAAGUGGAAUCGAUCCCAAUCAAAAUAUAAACAAAAUGAGUUCCAAAGAAAAUAACGAAGUUGCAGUCGAGAAAUUAGACAACGAAAAAAGUGCAGAUGGCAAAGCAGAGUUAAAAGGAACGAAGCGAGCGGCAGAGGACAAAACAGAAGACCCCAAAAAAGCGAAAAAAGAAGAAAAUGGCGCAAAUUCAGAUGGUGAAGAUUUAGAUGAGGAAGAAGAAGAGGCCAUCGAAGAAGAGGAAGACACGGGCGAAGAAGAUGUUGUUGAAGGGGAUGAUGAAGAAAUAGAGGCUGAAGAUGAAGAGGAUGUAGAGGGUGAGGGUGUAGAAGAAGAAGAGGAUGAAGACGCAUAAUAAAGUGGGUGCCGUCAAACCCUGUGAACUUUACUUGGCGGACUAUCUCAGUGCAAAGUCUCGAGUUACUUUGUGGACAUUUUAUUUUCUUUUUCAAUUAGUCGUUGUUCAGUGCGCCUUAAACGCCAGGAUGUCCACGUCGCCGUUGUUAUAACUUCAUUCAUAUAAUACACCAUCCAUCGACACAUCCUUCAUCAUUUUAUCCACAGGCUACCUCGUGACCUUUGCCGUCGGAGCUAGGGCUCUUCAGUGACCGUGAGAACUGCACGUGACCCGCGGUACCUGACUAUUCUAACUUAUUACGUAUCCCCUUCGAUUUGUAAAAAUGUCCAUUUUGUGUAAAGAUAGAUAUAAAUUUAGUUUAAGUUGGUCUCAGACAUAAACACGAUUUUUGGUUUUCUUAUUUUCUUUUUUAAUUUAACUAAUUGUACAAAAAGAUGAACAUGUCAUAAGGGUGGCAUAUUCUGCUACCUCCCACCCGGAAGUCUUAAAACAAAAAAUGGAGUACAUAAUGGUCUUUAGAAUGGUGAUCAAUCAUUAUCGUGUAAUGAUACCACCAAAUAUUUUUGACGAGGGAGACAGAAGGGCAAUAAAGCGUUACUGUAGGCUAAAAUAGAACUUAGUCUAAUCUGUUUUUAGAUCAGUGUGUUUUCUGUAUGUAUGAUAUUGUAAUUAUUUUUUAAUUAAUUUUUAUUUAAAGAAUUGCGUUCAUUAGCUGUGCUAGUCUUCGCACUUUUUUUUAUUCAUUCGUCAAAUGUUUAUUGAAAAUAACAAAAGUCUUCUGUAUGAUUGGUCUAAAUUCAAAAAUGUAAGUAGGUUAAAACACUAGCAAAUAAUGGUAAUUAUAAUCUUUCAUAGUAAAAAUAUUGUUUUAUUAGAAAGAUUGUUAUUGUUAAUUUUUUGAAUUAAUUUAAAGGCUGAUAAUACUCACAUUUUUAUUUCUAUCAAUCAUCAACAUAACAACUUGUAUUUACCAAUAGAGAUCUGAUUUCUAUGGUUAUCAUGUUAUAGAUCAAUAAAAUGUAUUAUCAAACAUAAUAGAUACAUUUAGUAAUAAAUUUGGUUGUGCUAUAAAGGGUGUUGCCAAAGUUGAAAGCAGAAGUUUGUAUUAUUGCCAAUAACUUAUUAGCAACACCACUUCUAGCUCUUUGAUAAUACAUAUUUUUGUUGUUCUUUGAUUGUAAGAGAUUUUUGCAAAAUUUUGUAAUUGACAUUUGACAUAGGUUCAUUCCAACUUACAAUUAAACGACAAUUUGGGUGGUUGCGCCUCAAUUCGAUAUAUUUUUACUACAGAGAAUGUUUUAUGAACUGUUUGUCUACUUAACAUAAUGAUCUUGUAGAAAUUCAUUUUGUAACAGUGCUGUAUGAUUUUUGAGUGCAUAUAAACGAUGGAUACAAAUUGUUUCAU